UAAGGCUUUAGAAUGUAAUGGUGACGAAUGGACAAACUUUUUUUUAAAGGAAUUUAAGCUUUAUUUGUUUAAAACAUAUAUCAAUUCAUUUGUCAGUAUAUUUUAGUCACCGCCACUUUGGAAGCAUCUUUUGAAGUAGAUAAGAAGGUUUAUAGAGACAUCUCGUGAAUCUGACUUUUUAUUAUUAUUAUUAUAAUAAAUUGAGCUGGUACCGUUGCGUUGCGCAGGCUCGUGCGCACAGGUUGUUUUUCGGUGCGCUCGUUGUCUCGCGGCUCGCGGCAGCAGGGGGCAGCUCUUCAGACUGAAACCAGGUUACUGCAUAGUGGAUGAUGAACUGGUGAAUGAAAACACCCGGAGCGUCAUCGAUAUCGCGACGUGGAGCCGAACUGGAGCCGGAGACAUCAUGUGGACCUACGUCUUACACACAGACACGGUGUCGGCGGUGCUGACCGCCACGCGGAGGCAACCUGCGGGACAACACAUAAAUUAGAUUAUUGGAUUGACUGCAACAGAUUACAGCGCUCUUACGUCCUCCAUGCUUCAUAGGAAAACCACAUCAACCUGAUCAUAUCACACGGCCGCUGUGGGACAAAGCCAUGCUGACCAGUUUCAUGGAAGGCCUCUUCUGCUGCCUCGCCUCAAAGCCCACCAACAUCGUGGUUCCUGUAGAAACCUCCGAGGCCGCCGAUGGCUACGAGCUGGUGGAGGUGAAGCCCGGCCGCGUCCUGCGCGUGCGACACAUCGUCCCCGAGCGGUCGGCGGUGGAGGAGCCCACGGGGCAGGGGGGCACCGUCAGCUGCAAGCGCAAGAUCAGGGUGUACCGCAGCGGGCAGCUGUUCAUCGAGAACCUGGGCGAGCGGGCCGGCGCCGAGCUCAAGCACUGCCAGAACGGCGACCCGGAACCCCGCAGCAGCGUGGAGGUGGAGCUCAAGGACUGCGGCGACGCCCCGCCGGCCGCCGCCGGCCCCGAGGCCGGGCCGGACCCCGCCAACGGGGGGGAGGCGCCCGCUGCAGGACACGCAGAACAGGCCCAGCAGCCCAGGAGGCGCCGGCGGAGGCCCAAACGCACGGUGGUGAUCGACUGCGAGCGCAGGAUAUCGGCCUGUAAAGGCACGCACGCCGACGUGGCUCUGUUCUUCAUCCACGGCGUCGGGGGCUCGCUGGACAUCUGGGGCAGCCAGCUGGACUUCUUCUCCCGCCUGGGCUACGAGGUCAUCGCCCCGGACCUGGCGGGUCACGGCGCCAGCUCGGCGCCGCAGAUCUCCGCCGCGUACACCUUCUACGCCCUGGCCGAGGACAUGCGGCUGGUGUUCAAGAGAUACGCCCGCAGGAGGAACAUCCUCAUCGGACACUCAUACGGGGUGUCGUUCUGUACCUUCCUGGCACACGAGUACCCGGAGCAGAUCCACAAGAUGGUGAUGAUCAACGGAGGUGGUCCCACGGCCCUGGAGCCCAGCAUCUGCUCCAUCUUCAACCUGCCCACCUGCGUGCUGCACUGCCUCUCCCCGCUGCUGGCCUGGAGCUUCCUGAAGGCCGGCUUCGCUCGGCAGGGGGCCCGGGAGAAGCAGCUGCUGAGGGAGAACAACGCCUUCAACGUGUCGUCGUUCGUGCUGCGGGCCAUGAUGAGCGGCCAGUACUGGCCCGAGGGGGACGAGGUGUACCACGCCGAGCUCACGGUGCCCACGCUGCUCAUACACGGCCUGCACGACAAGUUCGUCCCUGUGGAGGAGGACCAGCGCAUGGCGGAGGUGAGGGACCGCUGCAGACGCAAUCAGAGCCAUGUUGUUGGAAUCAUUGUCUGUUGUGCUUUAUUUCCUUUAAUCUGCGGGCAGAUCCUCCUCAUGGCUUUCCUGAAGGUCCUGGAGGACGGCAGUCACAUGAUCAUGAUGGAGUGUCCCGACGCUGUGAACACACUCCUGCACGAGUUCUUCCUCUGGGAGCCCACCAGCCCUCCGGCGCCCAAGCAAGAGUCCAGGACGCGCCCAGAGACGGCCAAAGCCCUGACGGACGGCGCCAGGGCCGCGCCGGAGCCCGCCCAGGCCCGGCCCGAAACCGCCAGGCAAACCUGAGCACGGGGUUGGAGAAGGGACCGGAGCUCAAGCUUCCAGGGGAUGCUACAAAGCUGGAGCCGCUGGAGCCGGAGCCGGGACGCAGCGCAGCGCAGGGUGGGACGGGCUCGAGUCCAGUUACUGGAGCUGAGAGCAACGAGCUGCUCGCCGUCGGCAGCAGCGAUGAUGUGGCCGUGAGGAUGCGGGUGGAGCGAACGACGGACACAGUAACGCAUCGUUAGGGGUGCGGGUGGAGUGGACGGCCGGUGGAAGGUCCCAGUUUGACCAGUCUGUCGAAGUCCAAGCCUCACCUGCAGUAGACGUGAGUUUUAAAGCAGCAAAUGACAAAUUUACUUUCUGGGCCUUUUUGAUCUACAUCGACUCAUAGAAGUGAACGAGCACAUUAUGCGUCAGACGUUUACAAGGGCAGGCGGUCCUAAGCUGUGGACAAAGAAGUGACUGCAGCGUCGGAAAGCACAUUUCAAGGAUGCGUUUCUUCCGGAUGCAGCUUUUAAGCACAAUCACUGAUUUCACCUCAAAACUGAGCUUAAGUGCACUGAAAGAGAAGCUUUCAUCUAUUGUAGCAUUAACAGAUUAACAGUUUUGAUUCAUAUGCUACCAGUCAAACUGUCACUGUCCCACAGUAUUGUUUGAUGUUUUUAUAUAUAGAAGAAGCUUCUUACAUAGUACUUUUUUAGAGAUAAGGAGAAAACGUAGAAGGAAGGAUGCAGCUCAGAACAGGAACAGGAACCGAUCGUUUGCUGAUGAGCGUCUUGAACCGGAGGAAGCUCCACUUCACAUGUCGUGUGUCUUACAUUUGUUUGGUUUUGCCUUUUAAAACGAUUACAGUAACAGUGUUCAGUGCAUUUCUUACAGUUUGUUUGUUUCUUUUCACUGUGUUUGGAAAGGUUUGAACUGUAUUUGGUUGCUUGUGUCACAGAGUGAUGACAACCUGUUCCCUCAGUUAACCAGUCAGAGGUUGAUUGAUUGAACAGGUUCCAAGAGCUUUAAACACAAAUGACACAAGUCACACAAAAUGACAACAUGGAAAUAAAACCUUUAGAAUGGUUAGAACUGUAA